AUGUCAUAUAUAGAGAAUUAUAUAAAGAGAAGUUUGAAAAGAAUUACUCCCUAUUUGAUUCGCUUUUCUGCAAUGUCUACCAUGUAUAAUACUAGCAUUGGUAAAGAACAUUCUACUACUUUUGCUGAUUCGGAUUAUAAUAGUGCCGCAUACAAUGCAUAUCGUCCAAUGUAUUCGCCCCGUCUCUACUCAAAAGUCUAUGCUUAUCAUGCUUCACAUUCCACAUCAUUUUCCACCGCCCUAGAUAUCGCGACUGGCACCGGUUACAUUGCCAAAGAACUAUCUAAAACCUUUCAACAAGUGUAUGCCACUGACAUUUCACAAAAUAUGCUUUCUUCUGCCAUCCAAUCUUCAAAUAUUCACUAUUCGGUCAGCUCUGCCGAAGACCUCUCUCAGUUCCGAGAUUCUACAUUUGAUCUAGUGACAGUAGGCCAAGCAAUUCACUGGUUCAAUACCGAAAAGUUUUUUAAAGAAGCGUGGAGAGUCUUGAAACCAAGUGGAUCAUUGGCUAUGUGGGGGUAUAGUUACCAUGUUAUCAAUGGAUACCCAACAGCCCAGAAGAAAUUUUCAGAACUUGGGUCAGGGCCAUUGGAUGCGUAUUGGGAUCCGGGACGACAAAUAGUUGCUAACCUAUAUAGGGAUAUUGUGAUUCCCGAUAAAUUAUUCAAAAAUAUUAUUUGGGAACGACAAGAAUUUGAUGAGAAGGAAGGGAAAAUUGGGAAUGGUGAAAGUCUUUUAAGUGACGAAUGGAGUGUCGAACGAGUGAAAAACUAUGUGAAGACAUGGAGUUCUUACAAGAAUUAUAUGUCCAAGUAUCAAAAAGAAAACCAACAAAUAGAAGAUCCAGUUGACAAGUUGUUUGAGGAAUUUAAAGAAGAUGAAGGAUGGAAAGAUGACCAAAUUUUAAGCAUUAGUUGGCCUUUUGUUCUUGCCUUGGCUGAAAAAAAAUAA